AGUUCAUUCGCUGCCGCUCGUUGCUGCGACGAAGAUGACCACGAAGAUCUCUCUCAUUGCAUUGGCCCUCGCGGUCAUGCAAUGCUCCGGCGUCCUAGUCGACUACUCAGACCCCUGCGCAGGCGUGCGCUGUCCCAAGCUCACCUGCAGCUUCGGAGCUGCGGUGCGACGCGAAGGCAAAUGCUGCGCCGAAUGUGAAGAUCCUUGUGUGAAGAAGACGUGCCCGGAGUUCACGCGCUGCGUCAGCGACGAGUACAACACGAGGGCGUGGUGCGAGGAGACGUGCGAGUGGAACGGCAAGUGUGCGGAUGACGAGAUCUGCGAGGUUGUGAGCCUUCCUGUGCAUGAGGGAUGCAGCAAGACGACAACAUGCAAGCGCACCGAUCACUGCAAAGUGGCGCCGACAUCUAUCGAAGAUUUCUGCUUCUCAUGGGAUGGCACCGAUCGAUGUGUCCGUCAAGGCAUGCCGUUCUGCACUCACAUCGACGUCAAAGACACGACCGGCCCUUGGAAAUCUGUCUACAUCUGCAGUUGUAAAGAUUGGGGCAUGAAGUGGAGCAACUACGGACCGAUUUCGGGCAUGACGUGUACCUGGAUGUCCGAACCGAUGAAGACCUGGUGGGGCAACCAACGAUAUCUGUGUGUGCCAGAGUGGUGGUCGUUCUCUUUCAUUUGGUCCCACAGUGGAAUCCCGAUGUCCAUUCAGUCGUCUGACUGCAUGGAAUGGUCGAUCUCUGGUGACCGUUCGUGGAAGGAAAAUCAUCUGUGCAAAGUGACUCCUCUUAGUCUCUCCGAAUUCAAGUUUUCAAACGACGGUCCCAUACCAUCAUGGGAGUGCCACAAAUUGUGGCAGCCCAUCACUGGUCGCACAUUCACCGGUGGCUGGGACAACAACUACAUAUGUACGAGUCGUGAUGUUGGCAUGACGGUGAACUUUAGAGAGCCAAUCGAGGGAAUGUCAUGUACAUGGGUCAAACGCUGUAAUAUGACGUCUUGGUGGCCUGAACCAUACGUGUGUGUGCCAUACUGGUGGGAUUGGUCUGUUGAGUUCUAUUCUGAUGAGACGUCGUAUAGCCACUUGCAGUGUGUGGAUUGGAGUGAGCCUGAAGACAUGGAGUGGUCAGGAGCUAUCUGUUCAGAAAAGAAAUGUCCCAUCACAAAAUGUAAAGAUUGGUGUCCAAACGGCUACAUAUUUGAUGACUCUGGCUGCAUGACAUGCAAAUGCAAACCAGAUUGGUGCGCGUUUGUUCAAUGCCCGAAAACAAUGUGUAAGAACGUUGUCUGGAAAGAUGGUGAAUGCUGCCCAAAAUGCGCAGACGAAAUGAUGGCAAUGUCUUGUCCAACACUCUACGACUGUCCCUGGAGAUGUUCUUACGGCUUCAAAAAAGAUUCAUCAGGCUGCGAUAUGUGCGAAUGCAGGGAGAACCCAUGUGACGUCAACGAUUGCUCUCGACAUCAGGAAUGUGUCGUUGACCCAACCACCUUUAAGGCAAUGUGUUGGGACACAUGUAAGAACAAUGGACCAUGUGAGGAGACUGAAGACUGUGUGAUGAAGACACCAUGGUGUGAUACGGAUGUCUGUCGACCUGUUGCUGUUUGUGAGCCUAGAAAGUCAAAGAUGAUGAUGAAAUGCAACAGGACAUGUCCUGGAGGCCAUCGGUGGCGUACUGCUUCCAUGUGCACCUGCAAACCAGACCAUUGUGCCACAGUAAAGUGUCCAGCAACGCCAAUGUGUGAAUCACCAGUGUACGUCAACAACGAGUGCUGUUCAAGAUGUCCACCAGUUUGUGCUCAAGUCAACUGCACACAUGCUUGCAAAUUCGGAUACGAACUGGAUGACUUCGGAUGUCAAUCAUGCAUUUGCAAGCCUCGUAGCUGUUGGAAUGUGGCUUGUCCGGAAUUGGAUUGUGCUGAGAAAGUGAGCGUUUAUGGUCAAUGCUGCAUGAAGUGCAAGAAAGAUGUUGUCACAAACUGUCCACUGAUGAAGUGCGUUCCUUGUCCAAACGGCUACUACACUGACUCUAACGGAUGUCCAACAUGUACCUGCAAACCAGACUACUGCAGUGGCAUCGCAUGCCCCUCAUUGACGUGUGCAAACGGUGCGACUCCAAUCUACAGGCAAUGGUCAUGCUGUGCUGUGUGCCCAGAGAACGACGUCUGUCCGAAGAAGACUUGUGACAUGUGGUGUCCUGGUGGAUAUGAGUAUGACGUCAAUGGGUGUAUGAUGUGCAAAUGUAAGCCAGACUAUUGUCAAACUGUUAAGUGCAAGUGGCCAACGGAGUGUACCAAGCCGGUUUAUGUGCCCGGUAAAUGCUGUCCACACUGCUCGACAGUAGAGCCCAUGGUCGCAUUCUCUUCUGGCUACAUCAGCAAGUACUGGAAUGUACACAUCGGUCACUGGAUGACAGACAUAAAAACAUGGAACACAGACUACGCCAACAAAGCAGAAGUUGUUAAGCAAUGCAGAGCAAUGUACCCAGGUAUGGUGUUUUGGGAUGCACAACUCUCCACAGAGUAUGUGGUCAUCAAAGAUUGGUGCUCUACCAACCGAUCUCCUCGAUCUCAAUGUAACAACAGCACAAACAUGUGCACUAAGAGUCGUCGAGUGCAACCGUAUCGUUGCAUCGGAUCUGACAUGCAAUGGCCUGUUGACUUCCACUUUGGCUAUGAAGGCAUGUCUAACUGGGAUCAAUCUAACUGGAACUGUGAGACAAUACGACCAGAUUCUGGAUACAACACACACAACUAUUUCUGCAGUCGUUGGCAGAUGCCUAUUCGAUGGAGUUUCACUGGUCCAAUAGCUUCAAUGCAAUGCGUCAAGGUGACCGAGCCGAAGGAUACCACCUGGUCAUGGAAAAACACAUACAUGUGUCUCCCAAAGACGUUUCAGUAUCGUCUCAGAUGGUUCAGUGAUGGUCUGCCAAGUGAUUGGAAUAAACAUCAUGAGUGUAUGAGGUGGCCGUUGAUGGUUGAUGGGAAAGUUGGUAUGAGCUGGGAAGACAAUUGGAUGUGUCUUGAUACGUACGACUGGAACAAAUGGGAUAAUUUUGUGUGCAACAAAUCUUGUAGUUUUGGAUUCAAGACGACUGCCGCAGAAACAGAAUCAUCGAAUCCCAAGCUUGUGUGUGAAUGCAAAGAAGAUCCUUGUGUUGGACAUGAAUGUAACGAGUUUCAGGAAUGUCAGUGGGAUAGAUGGACUGGCAAGCCAUGGUGUGUUGACUCGUGUAAGAACAACUGGAAGUGCGGCGCAACAGAGACAUGUGAACUUCGCACUCCAAGCUGUUGGUCAGAACCAUGUCAUCCUGUGGCCGUGUGCAAACCAAGAUGCCAUUCAUGGAAGACGUGCAGUCUGUCAUGUCCAGCUGGUUUCGUGUCCGACGUUAACGGUUGGCCAAUGUGUAAAUGUCGUCCGAUGAACUGCUCACACGUUACGUGUCCUCGUCCGAUGUGUGACAAGCCGGUGAUGAUCGAAGGCGAAUGUUGUCCGGCAUGUCCUGCACAAUGCAAAUGCAUGAGGGUCACAAGAUGGUGUGCAAGUGGAUACGAGAUGGACGAGUGGGGUUGUUAUAUGAACAAGUGCAAGCCAGACAAGUGUGUAAACGUGACGUGUCCUCGUCUCAACUGCACGAAACCCAUCAAUCUUGUUGGUGAGUGUUGCCCCAAGUGUUCAGAAGAGUUUGUGCACAAGUGUCCAGAGUGGACCUGCACUAAUAAGUGUCCUGGAGGAUAUUAUGUUGAUCGGUGGGGCUGCAAGACGUGCACUUGCAAACCAGAACACUGUGCCAGUGUGACAUGUCCAGCCACAACUUGUACAUUCGUCAGACCCGGUCAGUGCUGUGCCGACUGCAAACAAGACGUGUGUCCACAUCGACAAUGCAAACUCUACUGCAAGAAUGGAUACGAGUUCGACAUGAAUGGAUGUCCACUGUGCAUGUGUAAACCAAGAGUCUGUUCAACGUGGAAUGCAGGGCGGAUUGUGACUGCACCGAAGUGCGAUCAUCCUGUCAGCUUGAUGGGUAAAUGUGGAUGGCAUUGCCCGACAUGGUCAAGAGGUCACCAAUGUCCUGAACUCUACUGCUCUAAUCCUGUCUACGUGAACGGUCACCCCUGCCCUCGAUGCCCGUCUCGAUGUACGAAGGACACGAAGUGUGAGCAACCGUGUCCAAAUGGUUAUGUGUGGGACAGAGAUGGCUGCAUGACGUGCAAGUGUCGUCCGUCGUCGUGCAGCAAUGUGACGUGUCCUCACACUGAGUGCAGUUACCCGGCGUGGGAGACAGGAUCGUGCUGUCCAACGUGUGCAGAAACCUGUGACAAGUCAUCCUGCACUCCUUGCCCAGUCAACACAACCCCAGUCACCAUCAAAGGCAGCUGCUGCCCACAAUGCAUGAACAUGGUACCCACCAUGCUCUACGUCUGUCCAGCCGUCUACAACUGCACAAACGCAUGCCCCGGUGGCUACGAAUACGACCUGUUUGGAUGUCCAACUUGCGUUUGCAAACCAGACUCGUGUAGGACUGUACAGUGUCCGGCUCGUUUCAAGUGCGAUCAUCCGGUUCAUUAUGAGGGCGAGUGCUGCAAGCGAUGUCCGUCUCAGUUCAAGUACACGCUACAGAAUCGUCUGACUGGAUAUCUGUAUAAGAGUUGUCCGAAACUGAAGUGCGAACGGCCGGUGUUUAUGGAAUGGCAAGAGUGUCCUGUGUGUGCUAUGAGACCUUCCUUCCCUGCUGACUUCCGAUUCGUUCCCUCGUGGCUCUCAAAGGAAGCCUCUGAACACGACUGGCUCGGAUGGGAGAAAACACCAAUGACAUGGGAAAACAGCACAACAACAAGCUACAUGAUGUCGUCCAUGCCAACCGGCAUGCGGUGGUCAACCAGUGGACCAAUUCAUGGCAUGCGCUGCACGUAUGUGGGGCCACCAGAGGCAAACUACUGGGACAAGAAGACGUGGCUGUGCUGGCCUGAAUGGUCGGAUGUUCGUGUGAAGUUCUAUUGGGACAUGGCAAAACCGGUUGAGCCCGUCAGUCGGUGUAUGAGGAUUAAGGAUGUCGAUUCAAGUUGGCCAGUUAGCUGGCUUUGCGCUAAUGACAAGAAAAUGAGCUGGUGGUCCGACUUCCAGUUCUCCUACUUGGAUUCCACAUUCUGGACCAACUUGGGAUGGACAUGCCUUGCCAUCACUCCACAGAGCACCAAGUAUGGCUGGAACGAUAACUUCAUGUGCACAAGGAAGGACCUUGGCUGGCGGUGGAGCAACUCUGGUCCGAUCGAAGGGAUGGACUGCACUUACAUGGAUUCGGAUGCGAAGACUUGGGGAGAGAACAACUAUCUGUGUGUUCCAGUGACGUCCAAGUGGGAGUUGCUGUGGAGCAACAAACCGCAGAAAAACAUGCAUUGUGUAUGGUGGAAAGAGCCGAGUCACAACAGCUGGGGAGAGCAUUACCUUUGUCUAUUCAAGAAGGAGUGCAGAGAUGCUGACAGGCAGAUCAAACAGACGUGUUCAUUGGAAUGUUCUAAUACUCUUGGAUAUGCACUUGACCAGGAUGGCUGUCCAAUUUGUCAAUGCCGACAAGAGGCGACUUGCAAAGACAAGAUGUGUUGGUUUGGUUUUAAGAAAGACGAGUUUGGUGUUGACACGUGUGAAUGCAGACCAUGGCCAUGUCCUGACAUGUCAUCUUGUGACAAGACAUGCACUAAUGGAUUCGAAUACUCGACCUUGACUGGCUGUGUAACCUGUCAAUGCAAACCAAAUAAAUGUGAUAGUUCAGAGAUGCUGGUGAGUUGGUUUGAGGCCAGACGUUGGUGCAGUCAUCCAGUUAGUAUGACGAAAUCGUGUGAAUACAAGUGCCCAAUGGAUCAUAGCCCAUCACCGUGGUGUGCAUCUGGUCAGUGUCCAGUUUUGACUUGCAAAAAUCCAGUGAAAGUUGAAGGAGAAUGCUGUGCAAAAUGCAAACCACAGUGUCCACAGGUCAAGUGUCCUAAACCUUGUGAGCACGGCUACCGGCAGAAUUUCUUUGGUUGUCCAACAUGCCAAUGCAACCCCAAACCCAUUUCGUCAAUGUCGUGGCUGACCAAGUGUCCGCUGAGGAAAUGUGCUGCUUGCUCUUUCGGAUAUUACACUGAUUGGAUGGGAUGCCAGACUUGCAAGUGUGUACCAGAAAGCUGUGCUUCAGUCAGCUGUCCAACUCCAACUUGCCCUAAUCCAGUCUACAAGUCAGGCCAAUGCUGCGGUGUCUGUGAACAAUCAACAUGCCCUCGGUUGUUGUGCAAACGGUCAUGCCCAGACGGAUACGAAUACGAUGAGAACGGAUGCCCAACCUGCAGCUGCAAACCAGCUGACUACAUGUGGUGGUGGCAACAGUGCAAGGAUUCGUGGUCGUGUAGCUCGGAGAAGUCAUGGCCAUGGUCAUGGUGGAGGAACGAUGCCUGGUGGUGGCGUAACAACGCAGGGAGUUGGCGUAACGACACAUGGUGGUGGGAUUGGUGGCAGUCAAUGGACUGUGACAACCCAGUGAGUGUUUGGAGUCAGCACAAACCUUACUGCCCUAAGAAAGAAGGCGAAUGUCCACCUCGGUGGUGCUCCGAAUCAUGUCCCUAUGGCUACAAGAAGGACAAGUGGGGAUGCGACACGUGUCAGUGUAUGGACAAACACUUUGCUCAGUGUCCUGCGAUGACGUGUGAGCUGACGUGUACAAACGGAUAUCAGAAGGAUUCCGAUGGCUGUGACACGUGUCAGUGCAAGGUGACAGAGAAAGUUCGAACGUGUCCACCUCGGUGUACGUACGACUUUUGUAUGAAAAACCUUCAUUCGUCCUGCUCAGUGGCAGAGGAAGAUCUCGACAUGGAAUACAAGAGCGGACGGUGUAGCGGCACGUCCACCUGCUGCAUCACAUCAUGUCGAGCAUGCCAUUUCGGCUCCGUCACCUCUGUCAAAGACCAGUGCACGCGAUGCAGCACCAACGACGUCGAGUGCAUCUUCCAUUUCGGACACUGCGCUCGCAAUCACUGGUGCACAUCACUCGGAACCGUAGACGUCACACACUACCCCUGCGUUCGCUAUGGAGAGCGUCGUAGCGGCGUGUUCCGGUGCUCUUUGCCUUGGUGGGUUUGAGUUGGUUUGGGACUUGAGUGUGGCAGGGAUGGUGUAGCUGAACUUCCUAGUUGACUGAAAGACUGAAGUUUGCUAGUGCUUUAGUGUCUCGCAUCUUGUCUGUUGUAGCAUUUGUCACGUGAAUCGAUGGUUAUCGCAUUGCA